GAAUUCUCAGCUUUCUCAGUCAGGAGUAUCGUUCCCAAUGCAUUCACGUUACCACGGGAGCCACCGUGGCGUUCCUUCCUCUCCGCAAAAGCGACCGCCAAACACCAGCCACAGAUCCUGGAAUAAGGACUACUAUAGUAGUACAGUUCCACUUCCUCUUGUCGCCCCUUAUCGUACGAUAUACUAUCAUAUCGACCUAAAGAAAAAUGCUCCGAUCGCAGUUACAUCGCCAGGUGUGUCGCCAGUCGCAACGAUGGUCCUGUCCAGCGGUAGCAUGCCAACAAACGCCACAACCGCCGACUACCAUUCUCACGAGAUGUCUGGGCGGAGUUCCUGAGGAGGAUAUGCCGUACCUGCAUCACCAAAAGUUCUUACAGAACAACCAGAACGCCCGUGAAAAAUUCAAGUCUCCGCAACGCCGCGCCUCCAAGCUAUUGCAUGAGAUUUCUCAGGAAUACGUGGAACACUCGCGGCAAAACAAAGAUGCAGUCUUUGGUGUCGACUAUCAAGUGGGAGAUGCCAUUGAAUGUCAAAUCAUUGAACAGGGAGGCACCAAUUCCACCGAACUCAAAAAAGUGCGAGGCCUGGUGAUUGCCAAAUUCAACAAGGGCAUCGAUUCCAGUGUUCUCAUACGAGAUGUGGUCAUGGGGUCCAUUGUCGAACGCAGAAUCCCCUUGCAUUCACCACUGCUCAAGAGUAUCAAGCUAUUGGAAAAGAAUUUCAUUUACAAGGGAAAACGAAAAGUGAAGAGGGCCAAACUCUACUUCUUGAGAGAGCGAAAUCCAAAUGAAUCACGCGUUACAAAAAGCAAGAAUUAGCUGCGUACGUACCAGAGCUGAAUUCGGAGUCCAAUUUCAUCUGUGGAUAUCCUGAUGCAACAAAAGCUUUCACAGCCAGCCAGCAACUCAACAACAAUCAGCUCCAACUUGACGAACAGCUUCGUCCCUACUAGUACCUGCAUUAGUACGGGUACCGAUGGAGCCAUUUAAAUUCUAGCUAUAGAUGCAGUUCAUUUUUAAUUUGUUGGUUAUUACAGUCUCUAGGUAAACCACGGCAAUGAUUGACCACUCCGCCCAAACUAGUACAGUACAGUUUAGCAUUGAGGAGACGUCAAAACAUUGUUCGUUUCAAGGCACAAACAUGUCCAACCAAGAUGGCAUCACUGGAGCUUAGGAGUAUUACUCUGUUGCGGUACAGAGCAUAGAGACGACUAUUGUUGUCGCUGAGAC